AUGAGCUUUAUCGAGAGGAACACCAAUUCCGGAAUGGACGAACACUACGGACAUUUGGCUUCAGAGUUGCUUCGGGUUACUGGAGAGGAACUGAGCGGGAAGGCACAAGUCCGGGGACGAAGGACAUCCACACGCAACUUGAAUGAGAAGGGAGACGCACAGAGCCCAAAAUCCCCUCUCGUUCAAGUGCCAUCGCGUCCGCGACUGAGUCAUCGGAUGACAGAUUCCAUUACAUUGCGAAAAGAGGAGAGAUUGGCGAAUUCGUCUUCUGGUCUCUUGAAACUGAUUGCCAUUCUACUCACAGGACUCCUCAUCUCCAACGUGUAUCUUUACUGCCAACUGAGGAGCAUGGAAGACCAAAUGAUACUUUCGCGCAGUCCUCUCAUCGCGUUACAUGUCCCUAACCCCGAGAAGAUGAAGAAGUUCAUCAGCGAACCUUCACUGGCUUCCGCGACAAGGAAGCACUCGCCGUCCCUAUCGCGCCAUUGGAAAAACAGUUCCUCCGUCUCCGUUAAAGAUCCUAGGCGUGGAUAUCCUCCCGAGACCUCUGGUUUCGUAUUUGCUGGGGACGCUGCAGUCAUUGAAUAUCGUGAAGGAGUUGGAUUGCUCAUUGUUCAGAGACGUUUUUGCAAGGGCCAUGUGGACACGGUGUUCCAGUUCCUCUUCACUGCCUCCAAGUUUCAAAUGGACUUCUUAGCCCUUCAGGAGUCUUUCGAUGUAAACCUCGGCCAAUGGAUGGAGGACAAUAAUACGGGUGAAAAGACUCGAAGUCUGUCUUGUCAAGUCCAGCUGAACAAUCCAUUCAGUCCGAAGACAGCGUUGUCCAAACAAAACCAGGUAGGUCCAGUUCCUCUUUGUCUUCUCUAUGGGACAGAAUACUAG